AUGGGAAAUUGCCACACCGUGGGACCGAACGAAGCCCUUGUAGUUUCAGGUGGCUGCUGUGGCUCAGAUGAAAAAACGUAUGUCGUGGGAGGCUGGGCUUGGGCGUGGUGGCUCAUCUCUGACAUACAAAGGAUAACGCUUGAGAUAAUGACCCUGCAGCCCAAGUGUGAGGAUGUAGAGACAGCGGAAGGUGUAGCUAUAACUGUCACAGGGGUGGCUCAGGUGAAGGUGAUGACGGAGCGGGAACUGUUGGGCUACGCCUGUGAACAGUUCCUUGGAAAGUCUGUGGUGGAGAUCAAGAGCGUCAUCCUGCAGACCCUGGAGGGUCACCUGCGCGCCAUCCUUGGCACCCUCACAGUCGAGCAGAUUUACCAAGACAGAGAUAAAUUUGCCUCUCUGGUGCGAGAGGUGGCUGCUCCAGAUGUUGGACGGAUGGGCAUCGAGAUCCUCAGCUUCACCAUCAAGGAUGUUUAUGACAAAGUGGAGUACCUGAGCUCUCUGGGUAAAACGCAGACAGCCGCCGUUCAGCGAGAUGCUGACAUCGGAGUGGCAGAGGCAGAGAGGGAUGCUGGGAUCAGGGAAGCCGAGUGCAAAAAGGAAAUGAUGGAUGUGAAGUUCGUUGCCGACACAAAGAUGGCAGACUCCAAAAGAGAGCUGGAAAUGCAGAAAGCCUCCUUCAAUCAAGAAGUGAACACAAAGAAAGCAGAGGCUCAGCUGGCCUAUGAGCUGCAGGCGGCGAAGGAGCAGCAGAAGAUCCGCCUGGAGGAGAUUGAAAUUGAGGUGGUGCAGAGGAAAAAACAGAUCACAAUUGAAGAGAAGGAGAUCGACCGCACAGAGAAAGAGCUCAUCGCCACGGUGAAAAGACCCGCUGAGGCCGAGGCCUACAAAAUGCAGCAGCUGGCUGAGGGCCAGAAGAUGAAGAAAGUGCUGACGGCUCAGGCAGAGGCGGAGAAGAUCCGCUGCAUCGGUGAGGCCGAGGCCACCUCCAUUGAAGCCGUGGGGAAGGCGGAGGCCGAGAAGAUGAGGCUGAAAGCUGAGGCUUACCAACAAUACGGGGAAGCUGCCAAGACGGCUCUGGUCCUUGAGGCCUUACCCAAGAUUGCUGGUAAGGUGGCCGCUCCCCUUUCCAAGACGAAUGAAAUCGUCAUCCUGAGUGGAGAUGGCAGCCGCGUCACUGGAGAGGUCAACCGCCUCCUGGCUGAGCUGCCCGUUUCUGUCAACGCCCUCACCGGGGUCGAUCUGAUGAAGAUCCCUCUGCUCCAGAAGAUCACCGGCCAACAAUGCCAAGAAGCCAUCUGAUGAAGAUCUGUUUGACAUUGUACUGUUUAUCUGCCUCAGUCAUGAAGAUAUGUUUUUUUUUUUUUUUUUUUUUUUAGUAAAAGACCCCUUAUGCAGCUGCAUUUGACAAGAAAAAUUUCACACUAAGUGAUUUUUUUUUUAAAUUGUUUUAGGAAGUUUUUAUUUUCUUCAGGGAAAAUAAAGGCCACUAGUGUUUAGUUUCUGUGUGGUGAAGUUUCUCCUAUUGUACUAUGAUAUUGUUGAGCUGUACAGGUCAUCCGAAGGCCAGUUUAACGGUUGUUAGGGAGAAAGAAUGCAGAAAUGUGGAAGACUCAUUAGACGGAGAAACUUUUGGCUUCCUCUCGGACUCUGGAGGAAGCCGUUUUGCGUUGGGUGUGCAGGAAGAAACUCCUUGCUGUUUGUUUCUGGAGGCUCAGCGAGGCCGGCUGAAGCUCCCCGGGCCUCUUUCCUCCUUGCUUUCAGACUGUAGGUGAAGUUCUGUGUCUCUAAAUCUUUAUAGACAUCCGUGUGAUUAAAAAAAGUUUUAUAGUUUAUCAAAGUAGAAAUAUUUGAAGCACUUCUUGUAAGAUAUUCUUACCUCACAGUAAACUGUCUUGUUACCCGUCUUCUCGUUCUGAAGUGCAGUGCCUAUUAACCACUCAAGUGCUCAAAGCUUUAUUUAGUUGGUUGGUUUCAAUUCCCUGCUUGCUCUCAGUAGAUCUGCUUAUACUAACAUUAGUGUUGACUCGGCUCUUUUGUGUUGAACAGCAUAACGCAAACACAAAGCCAUAUGCAGCCUUAACAGAGACCCUGAUGGCGCUUCAGCUCCACCUUGUUGGACUCUCGGGGUCUCACUUCAAACCUUGUUCUGCCCCUCGAUUGUCCUGGUUUUUUUUUUUGUUUCUUACACAUUGAAAUAGUGGAUGUUGGAUCUAUGUUAUGUUAUGUUGGGAGAAAAGCGUUUCCUGGGAUUUCAGAUGAUCGUUGGGAAAACAAGCAUGUUGCAAACAAAGCCUUUAAGGUUUCAUUUCUACACAGCACUUUUAGUAAAAUACGGAUAAACCACUAUUUUAGAAAAAUAAAGGCUAUUUUGUAGAAAUCAGAAGCAACAAAUGAAUUGACCUGGCAUACUUUGACCACUAGAGGGCAGAGUUUCUUCAGCAUUUUGAUGAGAUUAUAAAACAAAUGAAUCUCCCUCCUUUUUUCUCUCCUGACCAGCUGAUUGAAAACUGUUGACUUGCUUUUUACAUGUAGCUUUUUUUUUUUUUUUUAAUUAGCCAGGCCAUUUUUCUUAUCAUUUAAAAAAAGAAAAAAAACAAUCCGGACUUGUUUUUAGCCAGCCAACACGACCUUCCUUUAACUGUGAUGGGAUGUUUUUUUUUUUUUGUACAGUCGAUCAGGAACGUUCCAUUCAAACCAACAGAGAUCCUCCAUUAAUAGAUGUUACCACGUUGUUUGUCUUUAAGUGAUGGUUACACCAUAUCAGGACUGAACUCACAAGAUUAUCACAAUCAAGACUCUUCCUUUUAGUUUUUAGGGAAAAAGUGUUGCAUUUGAAUUGUUGCUGCUGAAAGCUCACACACAAACUACCUUCUCCGUUUCAACUAUUAGCAUUUGUUUUGGGAAAUAUGUACAGAAAACUUUUAUUUGUUGUUUAAGAAAUUUAAAAGUUGUGCAUUUUCACCGACCAAAGUGACAGUUGUACAUAAACGCGUUUUCCUGACUCCCUUUUUCAAGAAUGUGGUCCAUUCCAGCCAAACAGCGUUAUUUCAGUUCUGAAUGUUCAGUAAGAGUUCUCCUUAUGUUCUAUGUGCUUCAGGUCGUCCCGCCUUGCAAACACUUAUGGGAUUAUACAUUUUUAUAUACAAUUAUUUAAGGGGUUGUACGCUUCAAGAUAUCUCUGCAGCUUCUUACCUUCUUGUUUUUGUUUUUUUGCCGUCGCCUUUUUGCUCGAGAGAACCUUUGGAUAAUCAGAAUAGCGGCAACUUCUAUUCUUCUUGUAGCAUGUAAGAAAAAUGACCAAACAUAUUACACCUAUGCCUUAACUUUCAUAUGCAUCCUUCUGUUGUUGAAAUGUCUGUCUGACGUCUUGUUGGGACUUUGGUUUUUCUUCUCAUGUAACCCUCAAUUCUGGAGACAUGAACCAGCAUGUCUGUUUCAGCAUGUGGUCAUGGUGUUCUGUGUAUUCUGCACCACCCUCUAAUAAAUGACAUAUAUCACCAAC